GAGAGGUGAAAGGGAAUGGACUGGAUGGAAUAACCAACUACAGCAUUGCGCGACGUAAUAUAAAAUUCACGGGACGAGGUUUUACCGUGAAACGAUUCAAAGACCUUCAAGUUGUCGUCAUAUUAUCUGUUUAUAUGCUCGGAGACAAUAAAUAUAGGCGCGCGACAAGAAAACAUCGGCGCGCGCUUCUCUUCAAAUGAGCUCAGAUUGGAGAGCCACUGGGAGACAGUUUCAAAUAAACCAAGGAACUAACUUUACAUAACUUGAGAGCUCCAGCUACUGUGUUGGAUCAUAGACAACGUCUACGGCCUCAGCCUUCCAGGCCAUGAGUAGUUUCAAAGGGCAGGAUGUGGAAAAACAGGGCAUCAGGCUGCCAAAAAAAUGGGUUGAUCACAAUGAAAAAAUCCCCACAGACCGCACAAUGGUUGUUGGGGGAGUGGUGGGAGGAGGAGAUUCCUCUGAUCCAGCAGGAGGUCCACUGAAGAAACGACGCCAGCGCUACGUGGAGAAGGAUGGCAAGUGCAACGUCCACCAUGGAAAUGUGCGUGAAACCUACCGUUACCUAACGGACAUCUUUACCACACUUGUGGACUUGAAGUGGCGUUUAAAUCUUUUGGUGUUCACACUUGUCUACACCACUACAUGGGUGUUCUUUGGUCUCCUUUGGUGGCUCAUCGCUUAUGCGCGUGGAGACCUGGACCAUGCUGACGACAAUGACUGGACACCUUGCGUAAAUAACCUCAAUGGUUUUGUCUCAGCUUUCCUUUUCUCAAUCGAAACUGAAACCACCAUUGGAUAUGGGUACCGUGUCAUUACAGACAAAUGUCCUGAGGGUAUCAUCCUUCUUCUGGUGCAAGCUAUCUUGGGCUCCAUUGUCAAUGCCUUCAUGGUGGGCUGUAUGUUUGUUAAGAUAUCACAGCCAAAUAAACGUGCUGAAACGCUCAUGUUCUCCAACACAGCUGUGAUUUCAAUGCGGGACAACAAAAUGUGUUUGAUGUUCCGUGUCGGUGACUUGCGUAACUCACACAUCGUGGAGGCCUCCAUUAGGGCCAAGCUGAUACGCUCUAAGCAGACUAAGGAAGGCGAGUUCAUCCCCCUAAACCAGACGGACAUCAAUGUAGGGUUCGACACAGGGGACGAUCGCCUGUUCCUCGUGUCACCUCUGAUCAUUUGUCAUGAGUUCAAUGAAAACAGCCCCUUCUGGGACAUCUCUCAAGAGCAACUGGCACGAGAGGAGUUUGAAAUUGUUGUCAUCUUGGAAGGAAUGGUGGAGGCCACAGGAAUGACAUGUCAAGCCCGCAGCUCGUACCUCAACUCAGAGGUGCUCUGGGGAGAGCGCUUCACCCCUGUUCUCUCAUUGGAAGAGGGAUUUUAUGAGGUGGAUUAUGACACGUUCCACCAAACCUACCCCACCCCAACACCAUCCUACUCUGCAAGUGAGCUAGCAGAACUGGCAAAUAAUGGGGAAGCUAUCCCACUGCCUCCUAUUUCACCCCCAGCAACCCUGGGAGAGCCCGUACAGGAGUCCUCAGAGGAGAUGCCAGAUGAAGAGAAACUGGAAGGAGAAGAAGCAGCAGAAGAGACUGUUAACAAUGGUGAUGUGAACAGAAUGGAAUGUGGACAAGAAUGAUAGAGUCCUUGUCUUCUGUGAUCAGCGAUCUUAUGCUGCCCCUGUGUGGCAGAUUGCAGUGUUAGCCGUGAAGAAAACAGCUUGCACCACAUUACUGUUCGCUUCAGCCACAAACUGAAGAAUCUUUAGACCUAUAGGUCUACAUUUAGUCAUAGACCUUAUACUGAUAUGUUAUUAACAGCUGUUGUCAAUAUAUAGUACAGAUUCAGAUAUGAUUAAAUACAAUUUUAGGUGUAAAAAUACUUUAACCCUUGUGCGACCUUUGGGACAUUUUUUUCAUUUUCAUUU